CCACAAGUCUUUGUAUUCCACAUACCCGGUAAAAAGCUACUCCCCCCUGCAAUCACCUAUAUAUUGUCCUUCUAUUCGAACAUGGCUUCCAGCAGCUCUUCGCAACAGCCGCUGCUCUAUGCAUGUAUCGCAUAUGGGACCACGAUCCUGACCGAGCACACCACUUCCGCGGCCUCCAAUGCCUCCGGCGUGGCACCCAUGCUACUGCCGCAGAUCAAGAAGCGACCCGACAAGAAGACGGUAGUCUCUGAAGGAUUGCAUGCCCACUACAUCGCGGCCGGCCACGAUGAAUAUCCUGCCAGCGCACGCUCCGCCGGAGGGCUCACCUACGUCGUCGUGACCAGACAGGAUCUGCAAAGGCGCAUCGCGUUUGGCUUCCUCAUCAGCAUCCAGAAACGCUUCCUCGCGCAGUACCCUGAGACUACUGACUUCUCCGCAUUGCCGGCCUUUGGUGCGGGUGCAUUCAAUGGGACGCUCAAGAAGCUCAUGAUCGAGCAAGGCACAACCGAAGAAGGGCAGCAAGAUGCAAUUAGACAGGCAAAGUCCGAGAUCGACGCAGUGAGGAAUAUCAUGACCGAGAACAUCGAGCGCGUCUUGGAAAGGGGCGAACGAAUCGAUCUCCUCGUCGACAAGACGGACAGGCUUGGAGGUAGUGCGACUGACUUUCGUGUCCGCAGUCGUGGGCUCAGGAGGAGGAUGUGGUGGAAGAAUGUCAAACUCAUGGUCUUGCUGGUGCUUGUCGUUAUCUUCCUCCUCUACCUCUUCGUCGGCUUCGGUUGUGGGCUACCAGGUUGGGGGAGAUGCCUUGGACAUUGACGAAGAUGCAUAUGAAUUUCGCUUCUAGGUGUUUGGCGCUCAUGAUAGGUGCAUUUGCAUGGUUGCCCGAAGACUCACAAGAUAUGCGUGGGUUUAGUUUGAUACCCUCACUCUGCACAUUAAACAGUUACUCUUCUAUGCAUUCAAUAAAUCAGUGUUCAUCUUUUA